ACCAGGUGACCAAUGUGCAUGAAGUGGAAGGCCAGCAUAUCAAAAUCUUUACUCUUUUUUUUUUUUUUUUUCCUUUUUCUUUGACUCUUUUCUUCAGUUGUUCCGCCUCCAAAUCAGGCUAAGGCACGCAAUUCCCGGAGCCAUCCAUCUUUCAAGGACAUUCCUCCACCUCACAAGUCACCCUGGCUUGUCUUUCCUGUCGUUGCGGUCCAAAUAUGAUACAAUUAUUGGAUGCUCGAGUGGAUUGAAUAUUAAGAUAUUUCGGCUCAGACUUAUCUCUCGUGAUCAUCAUCUGGGUGUGCCACAGUUCUCUGCCAUUUUGCGCCUUCUUGUGAGUUCAUCAGAUGCAGGGGCUCUGUUUUUCAUCUGGGUUUUGCUGUUUUUGCAGUUUGCUGAACUUCUCAUGGUGAUCUAUAUGACCGGGUCAAUCCAUCCAUAAACAACAAGAAAGUGACUCUAGAGAGUAGAUAUUGUUUCUGAGGAGAGGCAUUCCAGAAUUGACAGUUUAGGGAAGAAAACAUGGCCCCUGGCGGAGGCGGCUUCUUGAAGGAAGCCACUGAGUUUUGCAUUGCAUCGGCAGAUUCGGAUCUGGCAACUUCUGAUGCAGAGUUGGGAAGUUCCAUUUACAGAAACACGGCCCCUGGUUUAGGCCGGAAUCUGGGAAGGCCGGCCUCAAAUUAUGAUGUGGAUGAGCUACUUGAGUGUCCUGUUUGCAUGAAUCUAAUGCACCCUCCAAUAUACCAGUGUCCAAACGGCCACACUCUAUGUUCAAACUGCAAGGGUAGAGUGCACAACAGUUGCCCGACAUGUCGCCAUGAGCUUGGAAAUAUAAGGUGCUUGGCUUUAGAGAAAGUAUCGGAGUCACUAGAGCUUCCUUGCAGGUACAAGGAAUUAGGUUGUCACGACAUAUUCCCAUACUACAGCAAGAUCAAACAUGAGAAACACUGCAAACAUCGCCCAUUCAACUGCCCUUAUAGUGGAAAUUAUUGUUCUGUUACUGGGGAUAUCCCGCUCCUUGUCGGGCAUCUCAAGAAUGAUCACAAAGUUGACAUGCAUGAUGGGUGUUCUUUCAACCACAGAUAUGUGAAAUCUAGUCCCCAAGAAGUUGGCGAUGCUACAUGGAUGCUAAGCGUCUUCAAUUGUUUUGGACGUCAGUUCUGUUUGCAUUUUGAGGCUUUCCAUCUAGAAAUGGCACCAGUUUACAUGGCCUUCCUGCGAUUCAUGGGUGAGGAAGAGGAGGCAAAGCAAUUUAGUUACAGUCUGGAAGUUGGUGGAAAUGGAAGGAAACUUACUUGGAAAGGUAUACCAAGGAGUAUUCGUGAUAGCCACAAGAAAGUAAGAGACAGUCAAGAUGGAUUAAUCAUUCACAGAAACUUAGCACUCUUUUUUUCUGGCGGCAAUAUGAAGGAGUUGAAGCUGAGACUCUCUGGUCGUAUAUGGGAAGUGCAAUAAGAAUUUUCAGACACAAACUACUUUACAGUACGUACUACGUAGAAGAGGCGCUGAAGUUGGAAAAAUUGGAAGCUAGCUAGCUAGAUCAUUUUUAUAUAUAUUAUCCCUAGAGCUAGCUAGCCUGCUUGUUACUCUAUCUGUAAAUUAUUAAUGCAUGGGUACGUAGAUUAAUUUGCGUUUCUAAUUAA